AUGCCGCGAAGAACGUCGUACAUGGCUGACGUUGCGGCUAAGGCCAUAUCAGACGUAAUAUCCAAGAAGCAAUCGUUUCGCACACACGGGUUGUCCCAUCGGCAGUACGAAGACGACCUCGUCACAUCGAUUCUAGCAAUGGAGCGCGACGACCAACUUGUGAACCGCAGCCAGAUCCUAGACAAGGCACCCGCAAUACCACUGCCUUUAUCGUCUAACCGAUUGCUACGCGCUAAAGGCUUGGCAUGGUUCGUGGAGCAUCGAAUAAGUUGA